AUGGGUAUAAGUAUGGUUCGAUUCACUAAAGAUUUGCUCUUUUCAAGUGUGCAGCAGACAGACCAGGGACUAUAUCAGUGCAUUGCAAGUAAUGCUAUUGGUGAACGAAGUACAUUUGUCGGUUUAGUGGUUGAGGCUGAAAUUGACUCAGUGAUAACGAAUCUCGAAGUUACCGUCGAUCAUGCAAAGUAG